CAAAGAUUGACCGAUAAGGAGGGUGGGUAUAAGAGAUGAUGUCCCGUGUGUUUGUGGGUGUUGGUGUCUUCUUUGCUACGAGAACUCUUCCGCAAUCCAGUAGAUUCCUUCCUUCUUUGCUUUAUCCAAAUCUUAAUAAAAAGGUUUCACCUGAUUGAUGGGAUAUCCAUUUUCUUCAAUCCGUUCCGGUCACUCGAAAAUCACAUUCCUCCUCCUCCUCAUCCUCUCUUGUCUCCUCUUCGCAAUCCCCGGUGAGUGCAGCGCCCUGAGACCUAAUUCAGACAGUGACUGCAGCGCCCUGAAGCACUUCCACGACUACAAAUCAAAGUGCUCUUACCUGAAAUCAAUCGACCGUUGCGCGAGCCAAGGCUUCGUCGACUACCUCUCCUUCCUCUAUUGCAACUUCGAUGGGUUCCCAGUACUGGGUCAGUCCCUUCUCUUCCUCUGGCUCCUCGUUCUGUUCUACGUGUUGGGCCACACAGCUUCCGAGUACUUCUGCUCGUCUCUCGAGUCUCUCUCGAAGCUGUUAAAUUUGUCACCGACCGUUGCGGGUGUGACUCUUCUCUCUCUCGGUAACGGCGCUCCUGAUCUGUUCGCUAGUUUGGUCUCUUUCAUGGGGGAGUCAAAGGGUGGUACUUACGACGUUGGUCUCAACACUGUCGUGGGAGGCUCUGCUUUCGUCACCUGCGUGGUCGUUGGGGUUAUAAGCGUUUCGUUGCAUAGGAGAAAGGUUAGGAUAGAGAGGUCUGCUUUCAUAAGAGACGUUUGCUUCUUCUGCGCUGCGGUUGGCUCCUUGGCUUUGAUCUUGGUCUACGGGAAGAUCAAUCUCUGGGGAGCUCUCGGGUUCUGUUCUCUGUACGCUGUGUACGUUGCCUUUGUGUAUCUCUCUUGGAGGUUUGGUGGAGAGAGUGGCUGCGAGUUUGAUGUCGAGUCGGUUCAUAAAAGGGGUAGUAGUAGUAGUCUUAGUGAACCAAUCUUGGAGCAGAGAGACGAUCUUGAUGAUGAUGUUGUUGUUGUUGUUGAUGAUGGGAGAUGUUACUGGAAGUUAGUGGUUUGGGUUGUUACUUUGCCUCUCUACUUGCCGAGGAGAAUGACUAUACCUGUCGUGAGUGAAGACAGAUGGUCUAAACCGAUAGCUGUUGCUUCGGUUACGUUUGCUCCGGUUCUCUUGUCGUUUCUAUGGAACUGGAAGCGGAAUCCGACAAGUUUCGAGGUGGAGAUUGUUUAUCUAGUUGGAUGUUUGGUCGGUAUAGUUCUUGGUUUUGUCGCAGGAGCCACGACGAAGAAGUCAAACCCGCCAAAGAAGUGGUUACUACCUUGGUUAGCUGGAGGGUUUGUGAUGAGCAUGACGUGGAGUUACAUAUCAGCGCAAGAGCUGGUCGCGCUUUUGACUUCGCUAGGUUACAUCUUCGGUGUAAGCCCUUCGAUCUUGGGCCUCACGGUUCUCGCUUGGGGGAACUCGAUAGGAGAUCUUAUAACCAACGUGACGAUGGCGCUGCACGAUGGGGACGAAGGAGCUCAGGUGGCUGUGUCGGGAUGCUACGCUGGUCCUAUCUUUAAUACGUUGUUUGCUCUAGGGGUGUCGCUUGUGGGAUGCGCGUGGGAGAUUUAUCCGUCGAGUAUUGUGAUAAAGACGGAUCCUCGCGUGUUGGAGAGUCUUGGGUUUCUGGUGGUAGGACUGGUUUGGUCGUUCUUGGUUCUGUUUAGUAAUAGAAUGAGGCUUGGUGGUGUGAUGGGUAUAGGGCUUUUGGUUAUUUACUUGGCUUCGUUGUCUAUAAGAAUUGUACAAACAGUUGGAGAUUCUCACUAACCUUUUGAUUUCAACUCACA